GCCUGUUGCACAAAAGUAGAAUUAAGACAUCCGGGAUAAAUGACUCAGCUGAGCUCAAUGAAGCCAAAACAUGUGCGUCCAGGCUUAAUUGGUUGCACAAAGACCAAGCCAGGAUGAGCAGACACGGAUUCAUUAAGCCAGGUGAAACCAAUCCUGGAUAGGUGCGCGCUCACGGCUCACUCAAAUAGACCCCGCCACAGAUCACAGAUUAACUGAUUUACCAUGGCAACUAGAGCCGCGUACUUUUCCCCGUCGGAAGCACAAAUCCUCAUGGAGGCAUACGAGGAGGUAAAAGAUAUAAUUAAGAAGAAAGGCAACACCGCCACAGUGAUAAAGCAAAGAGAAAAAGCGUGGCAAAGUAUUGCAGACCGCCUGAAUGCGUAAGUAGUGCACAAUUACACACUCACCGCUCCGCUGAAACAUCACAAUUACAAUUCAAAUAUUUAAUUCACAUCUCCAAAAAUGCAGUUGUACUGUAAUUAUGAAACGGUUAAAUUUUUAAUUGAAAUGCACUGCAGAUAUGAGUGAAAUUGUGUAAAGUAACUCCAUCACACUGUAUAAAGCUAUGAUAAAUUUUUUGAUAUUUUUACUGAAAACAAGACAAAAAUACCAAGUAAUUUUUGCAGUGUGACUCCAUUAAAUGUGUGUGUGUGUGUGUGUAGAUUAAACAUGAACGGGCCAAAACGGACAUGGCAGCAGGUCAAAAUCAAAUACAAGAACAUUCUGCAGAAUGCAGUGAAAAAGAAUACCCACAGACAAGGCACGGGUGGUGGGUCACCAAAGGCUGACCUUACCCCAGCAGAGGACAUGGCCUUGGAGCUAAAUAAAGGCAGGCCCGUCUUAGAGGGGAUCCCUGGGGGGAAAGAGACGAGCAUAGGUUCCUCCCAAGAUGCCACCCGCUUCAUUCAAGUGCCUGGCAGCACUGUGUUCCUGUUAGAGCCACCAGCACAAGCACCAGACGAUGCUGAUCCAGGUGAAGGCCCCAGUGCAGCAGCAACAGCACAUGAUGGAGACGAUGAUGAGGAGGAGACCAUCUCUCUGGAUUCCAGAAGGCAUGAGGACCCAGAUGCUAUACAGUGGGAAAACCAGGCUGGCAACAUAAGCUCACAAGCUAUCAGAAAGUUGUAUGGCAACCACCUCCGGCGCCAAAUAGAACUGGCAGACAUAGACAUUCAGUACAAGAAGAAAAAGAUGGAAAAUCUUGCACUGGAGUCCGAAAUAAAAAAGAGGACAAUUAGGAAACUGGACCUUGAAAUAAAAAAACUUGAGAGGGAGCUCCAAGAAGAUGACACAGCUCAAAAUAAAAAUUUGGUAUAUUCUCGUAAAGUCAAGUGAGCCAUGACAUAUGAGCUCUUAUUGUGAG